UUUAAAGAGUUUAUAAUUAAAGUCUACGUUAAGCACGUGCAUAUAGAUUUUAUUAAUUUUUUAUUAACAUUUAAUGAGAUUUUUAAUCUUUUUUAUGCUCUUGAACAUUUAAAAUCGUAAAAAACACCAACAUAAAAAUAAAAAACACAAUAACAAAACAUAACACUCAAAUCUAUUGGCAACAAUUUCAAACAAACGCCAACAGAGCAGCCAGCAGACGUUGACUUUGCUUUUUCUAUUUCUCAACAAAAAACAAUUCUCAAGUAUUUGCCUACAGACUUUGCUUUUAAGCUAAAGAGCAGCACCUCCAAACGCCAACUGUAGCAGCAAAAGCAAACGCAGCACUGGCAACAGUCGCCAGAGAUAUACACCGAUACCGUCACCAAUACAUUCUGUAUUUAUUAUAAAUAUUUUUGUUGUUGGUUUUGUGUUUUUUUUUCUCAUGUAGUAAGCAGCCUUAUAGCCCCAGCCAGUCAUCCAUCCAUCCAGUCAGCCAGCCAGCCAUCCAAAUACUCGUUUUAUUUGUUCGUUUAUAUGUUGAAGCUAUAGCUGCAGAUAUUACCAAUUACACGAAUUUUAUACUCUUUUAAAAAUUUCGUUUUAUUAUAAUAUUUAUUAUCGUAGAGCGCACAACUGUCUGCGGAGUGUUUUUUUGUGUGUGACCGAAUCGAAACAGUAACAGAACCGACCGUGCUCUGCUUCUAAUAAAACUAUCUAUUUAACUAUACAUAUGUAUAUACAGCAAUAAUAAUAUUCCACUUGUACUUGUUUUUAUUAUUUUUAUUAUUGUUGUCUUUUUUAUAAUAAUCAUAAAAAAUAAACCACCAAACUAUAAACAACAACAAUAAACAAAUUAAAUCAAACUAAAAAAGUCAUAUACGGAAAAAACUUAACGGGAAAUUACGGAAAACACCUGAAAACGGUUAAAAUUGUGAAUUGAACUUUUAGCAGAAAAUAUAAAUAAUUCUUAUUGUCGGUUUAAGUGUUGUAGCACUUGAUUAUUGUCAAAAAUAAAACGCCAAAAACAAAAGCAUCGAGAAAAAGAAAUUUUGCAGCAGCAGUAGCAGCAUCAUCAUCACAACAUCGUUGUUACCGUGAUAAUCAUCAUCACCAUCAUCCUCGCCAACAAUAACAAAAACAAAAGCAACCACAAUUCUACUCAAAAGCCGAAAAGCAGCAAAAACAAACAAACACAGAAAGCCACCAACAUCUAUUGUUACGCCGUCUGUCUGCUAGACUGACUGCCCGUCAACUUCAUUGUAUUGCACUAUAACCAUCCAAAUCAUUUUAUACAUUUACUUUAGUUUUAUACGCAAAGUCAUCAAAUCAACACAACAAUUACUAUUUGCUGCUAUUAAAAAUAUAAAAUAAAAAUAAAAUAAAAAAGAAACAAACAAAAAAAUUAUUUCAAUUUUUAUAGUGUCAACUGAAUAAGAAGAAAGUACAACAUCGUCGUGUAUCUAUUUUUGCCACCAAAAUAACAUAAAGAAAAAAGUGCGCGUAUUUUUUUAAAACGAAAAAAAAAUUAAAAAAAAUAGUUUUUUUUUUAAAUUUUGUACAUGCAACAAAUUAAUUACAAUUUAACAACACAUAAAAAUAAAAUCAAUAAUAAAAUAAAAUUACAACAACCUGAAGCAAGUGGGACCGCACACCAAGUCCUCAAAGAAAUUUUUAUUACUUUUACACCAAAAUAUUUUACGACUUUUUAAACGCGUGUGCGUUCGUUUAUACGUCUAACUAUCAACCACAUUUAAUAGCAACAACAAGAUAAAAACACCUACACAGAGUCCUUAAAAAUCCAUAAAAAAAAUUGUAAAAUAGUUUAAAAAAUAAACAAACAAAUAAUAAAUAAAAAGUGUCAUAUUUUAUAACUUCCGUCGUCAAAAGUAAAAAAAAAUAAUUAAAAUUUUAAGCGACGGCAUUUUAAAAAAAUUUAAGAAAGUGUUAAAAACUAAAUAUUAAUGAAAUUGCCAAAUACACCGACUACAACAACACCUGUUUCUUAAAAAACAAGAUUUGUUUUAUUUCAAAUAAAAAUAUAAAAAUUUUAACAAAUUUCGUUGCUUGUUUUGCAUAAAAUCACAAAUUAAACACACAAGUAUGCUACCAAAGUAUCCACAGUUUCAACCAUUUAUAAGUUCACAUUUAACUACAACAACACAAAAUUCAUCAUCAGCAGCUGUUGCCGCCGCCCUAGCCGUUGCAGCCGCCUCCUCCUCGUCAUCAUCAGCAGCCGCAUCCAACGCUAACAAUUCCAGUAGCAACAACAAUAAUAACAACAAUAGUAGCAGUAGUUCCCUGAACAACACACUCAGUUUGAAUACCUCUAAUUCGAUUAACAAUCAAAAUAGUGUGUCGUCAUCAUUACUUUCACCCAACACUUCCGGCCAACUCAGCAGCAGUCAUUUGAAUCAAUCGUCCAAUUCACCUGUAUCAUCAUCCUCGCCAUCGUCUUCAACAGCCUUUGGCGGUCUUAGUCAGCAUCAUCAGCAGCAACAACAGGCUCAUUUUGCCAACAGUCAACAACAUCAUCACCAUCAUCCGCAUCAUCAGUAUUCGUUGACAGCCGCUUUGCAAUUACAGCAGCAACAUCAACAACAAUUGCACAUAAAUAAAUUAGCUGCCGCCGCCGUAGCUGCCAGUACACAGCAACACCAUCACCAACAGCAACAACAAAGUAACGGUAGUAGUUCUUCACAGCAACAACAGCAAUUGUUACUUACACCGCCCUCCGGAAAUAACUCCCACACAGGUGACAGCAGUUGUUCGCCAUCACCGUCGGCAUCCUCGUCACUGCAUCGCAGUUUAAACGACAGUUCACCAUCGUCCUCGGCUCAGGCGCACGCUAGUGCCGCAAGUUCUGUAGCCGCUGCAGCAGCUGCCGCCGCCGCUGCUGCUUCCUCAUCGUUUGCCAUACCCACAAGCAAAAUGUAUCCAUAUGUAUCAAAUCAUCCCACGUCACAUGGAGGUCUCUCCGGCAUGCCAGGCUUUUCGGGCCUAGAGGAUAAAACUUGCAGCAGGUACUCCGACAGUGUCAUGAAUAGUUAUCAAUCAAUGAGCGUACCUGGCUCAGCCUCCGCCAGUUUUGCACAAUUCUAUCAGCAUGCGGCUGCUGCCUCAGCCGCUUCAGCUGGUGCUAUUGGUGUUGAUUCACUGGGCAAUGCCUGUACACAGCCCUCAUCGGGUGUAGUGCCCACCGGAGGAGCUGGUCAAAGUAUUGCCGAUUUACCCCGAUAUCCCUGGAUGACAUUAACAGACUGGAUGGGAAGUCCCUUCGAACGCGUAGUAUGCGGAGAUUUUAAUGGUCCUAAUGGUUGCCCUCGUCGACGUGGUCGUCAGACAUAUACACGUUUCCAGACAUUAGAAUUGGAGAAAGAAUUCCAUUUCAAUCAUUACUUAACAAGGAGACGAAGAAUUGAAAUUGCACAUGCAUUGUGUUUGACAGAGAGACAAAUAAAGAUUUGGUUCCAAAAUCGUCGCAUGAAACUUAAAAAAGAAUUAAGAGCUGUUAAGGAGAUAAAUGAACAAGCUCGUCGUGAUCGCGAAGAACAAGAGAAAAUGAAAGCCCAAGAAGCCAUCAAAUCCGCCCAACAUAAUAACAAUAAAUUGCAACAACAGCAGCAGCAACAACAGCAACAACAACAGCAGCAACAACAGCAUCAGCAACAACAACAAGAUCAUCAUUCAAUAAUCGCCCACAAUCCCGGCCAUUUGCAUCAUUCCGUUGUGGGGCAAAAUGACUUGAAAUUGGGUCUUGGCAUGGGUGGUGGUCUCGGUGUCGGUGGUGGACUCGGUGGUAACCUUGGUAUGAUGAGUGCGUUAGAUAAAACAAAUCACGAUCUUUUAAAAGCCGUUAGUAAAGUAAAUUCAUAAAUUUGUUUAAACGAUUGCAAAGAAGUAUAAACCCCCUUAAACAUGUACUGAAUUAUAGAAUUUGAUUAACACACAAACUAUUAAAAGAAAAAUUUAAUACUAAUAAUAUUUAAAUUAAAAUAAUUAAAAACAAAAACAAAAAGAGUUAAAUGAAACAUUAAAAACAUGAAAACAAAAAGUUGAUAUAGUUGCAACAAAAUACGUAAACCUUUACAUAGUAAUUUUAGUUUGUAAAAGAUCUUUAAAUCUCUAUAAAUAUUUGAACUAAAAAAUAAUAAAUUUAAUAUUAAAUAAUUAUUUACAUUUUAUAGAAAUAUAUAAAAAAAAUAAAAUUCGAGUAAAGAAAAUGAAAUUUAAAUUAUAUAACAUUUAAAAAUAAACGUACACAUAUACUUACUCUACAUACAUUAACUAUUAUUCGUAUAUAUACAAAUAUAAAUAAAUAAUUAAGUAUAUAAUAGUACAUACACCUACAUACAAACAAACAAAAAAACUACUUACAUAAGUCUAAACAAAUUUAUAUAUAUUUUAUUUUAAAUAAAUAAUUUCGAAAAUAGCAAACAAUUAAAAUCAAAUAAUUUGCUUCUUAAUGUAAUAUUUUAAAUUUAAGUUAAAAAUUUAAAAGAAAAUAAUUAAUAUUUAGCAACAAAAGUACUGAAUUCUUUUGCUUUAAAAGUAGUUUUUUAAUUAUUAUUUUUAAAAUGUCUCUAUGUGUAUUUGGUAUUUGAAAUGCAGUGCAUUUCAUUUUACUCUUUUAUUUAGUAUUUCUUUUAAUUUAAAAUUUGUUUCUUUAAGUUUUCGAUGAUUUUUAUUUUUUUUUUUAUAUAAACAAUAAUUUUAAAUAAAUUGUUUUUGUUUGCUUUACUAAUAAUAAUUAAUAAUAAAAUCUCAAAAUUUGUUUAUUCUUUUUUGUUAAUAUUUAGUUGAAAUGAAAAUUUGUAUAAAAAAACGUAACUUAAUUUCGUCUGAAACUUUUAUGCCAUAUUUUUUAGUAAAUUUAAGAAUUUAUUAUUUUAAUUAUAAAAAAGUAAAUUCUACAAAAAAUAUAAUUAUUGUUUAAUGUUUUAUUGAGAAAAGAAGUCCAGGUUAAAAACAAGCUGGUGAAAUGUUCGUAUUAAACUCUUGAAGCUAUUUGAAUUUUGGAGUGUUUUUUUAGUUUAGAUGAAUAUUAUUUAAACAAUAUCAAUUGGAUUUAAACUGAAACAUAAAAAGUGCCAACAUUGAAGAGGUUAUUCUGCACUAUGGGAUUUAUUCGUAAAUUUUUCUUGUUUUUUUGACAUUGGUCCUUGUAAAAGCCCUUAUAUGGAAAUUAGAGAGGUUGCAUUAUCGAUUUUAUUAAAACUCAAAAAUGAUGAUGGAUUAAUUGAAUUUCUAAUAAUUCUAAUAAUUAAUGAAAUAUCAACAUUUUUGUUCUAUAUUGCAAAUGAAACAAGAUAUUUUUUUGAAAUCGUUCUAUAAUUUUUAUUUCAUUCAUGAUUAAAUGAAGAUAUCUGAUAGUGAAAAAAUUAUAUGAUUUUCAUUAAAAACUUUGCAUAAAUUUUUACUUUAUUCACAACUUAGAAAGGGAGUUCUAUUUGUAAAUUUUUUUAAAAUUCAUUAAAAAUCAAAUUCAAUUAAAAGGGAUUCAUUUUAAGCUGAAAAUGGUAAGUGUCAAAAAUAAAACAUUACAAUCGGUGCAUAAAUUUUGGAAAAAUGCUAAUUUUAAUAACGGAACCUAAAGUUACAUUUUGACAUUUUAUAUAAGUCAUUCAUUUUUUAAUCCUCUGUUGAACAUUAGAUUGAAAUCAUGGUAAAUUCGCAUUAGAUUUAUUUUUUCACCUUAAAAUAUUUUUACCAAAAUUCAAAUGGCUUUAGACAUUUAAAUCUUCCAUUUUAUUGAAAUAAUAAAACGAAAUUAUUAUUUUAAAACAUUAAAAACAAAAAAAAAGGUAUUUUAUAAAACAAAAUCAUAGAUAUUUGGGUAUGUUACAUACAAAAACAUAAUCAUCAUUAAAAAGCAGAAAAUUUUCAAUAAUUUAAAAAAAUAAAACAAAUACGUAAUUAUGUCGUUUGCCAGUGACUAAAAAUUAAUUUUAAAUAUAAAAAAUCUGAAAAACGUAGUUUUUAAAUUCAAUUCAAAUAAAAUAAUAAAUAAAUUUAAAACAUAAAUGUACACGCUAAUUGCUUUAAAUAAAAACAACAACAAAAAUAUUUACAAAAAAUUAAAAAAAAAAAUAAAACUAAUAAAAUUGUUAGGUUGGCUUUCAAAUAAACAGAAAAUUUAAAACAAAAAAAGCCAAAAAAAUAAAAAUGAAAAUUAAUUAAAAAAAAAUUAAAACACAAUCUCAAAAUACGUAUUAGAUAAUAGGGCCAAAAUUACUGUAAAUUAUAAAUAAUUAUAUUAUUAAAUAUAUAAAAAGUAUAUUAUUAUAACAAUUAAUAUUAUUAAACUACAAAUAAAAAAAACACUUCCGUUAAUAAAAAAAAAACAAGAAAUACACUUAAAUACGUACACAACAAACAAAUGUGAGUGAAUCUGAUAAAUAAGAGUAAAUAAAAAUAUUUAUAAAUAAAAAUU